CUCACACACUCUCACACUCACACACUCACACACUCACACACUCUCACACUCUCACACUUUCACCGAAGAGAAUUUCCAGCUUUGACACGAGCGCGGUUCCUCUCACACGUCUCGCAGUGACAUCAUGACUCUCCACCAGCUCACGGUGCUGUGUGUGGUUGUGUUUGCUCUCCAGCUGGUCGAGUCUCAGGAACUUCUCCCGGCUCCGACUUUUGUGUUCGAUGUUGGUGUGAACCAGAGUGCCAUUAAGCUCUACUCAGCCGUGAAGGUUGUUUGCACGCUUCCAAACGGGGCAAAGACACCUGCAGAAGUGCAUCUGUCUCAAGCAAACGCUCUGAACAACUCUUCAUCCGUGCUGUCCUUUACCCUGAGGAGUGACAACACGGUGGUCUUCACACUCAACGCCGAGCCAGAAAGUGAGACAGCGUUCGUCUGCUGGUACAGAGACAUCCAGACUGCAGCACAGUCUCGGUUUAGCUCACCCAUCAGCAUAGUCAUAUCUGCUCUGUUGGACCCCAUAAUUAUCCUCAAUCCGCCCCUGUUUGCUGUGGGGGGGAACUACAGCGUCCACAUUUACAUCCCAAAUGAUGACUACACAAACGCCACUCUGAUUCUUUACUUCCGCCUCGCCAGCAACAAGUCCUUCGAAAUACUCGGAUCACGAGUUGUCGGUCCAGGAGAACAAGGAGGCGUAGUCAAGAUAACAAAGGCCACAGUGACUUAUGAGUUUCUGAGUGAAAUGGAGAUGUUCUUUAAUGGGAGAACCCUACGCUCCAAAUCCAAAUCUGUUACAGCCAUGCCGGAGGCGCUUCAGGUACAUUUGGGUCCAAAAGGCUCUGGUUCCGAUUCCUGUUACGGAGAUGCCUAUGUGGAAGUGAGCGGCAACUGGGCAUCCAUUUGCUUUUCUUCCAUAGACAGCAAUGGUUUUUCAAUGGCUGGAGUCAUAUGCCGAGAGCUGGGCUGUGGACGCGCGAUUGACUUUACCGAAGUCAGUUACACAUCUUACAGUGGUGUAGGAACAAACUGCACAGGAUCCGAGAAGAAGAUUGCAGAGUGUCCCCUAAUUUCAACAAAUCUUUGUAACAAGGGAACCCGCGACAUCAUCUGCUCAAAGGCCCUCCCUCCUCCAAAGCUUUCAGUCGAAAACUAUGACGCGGCUUCACGGGUGUAUGUCAGGUCCACGGAGGAUGUGCAUCUCGAGUGCAUUUUUCACUCGCCCCGUCAUGAAUUUGUCUACAUCACCUUCACACACAAUGGGAAUGACCUUUCCUAUUCCGGUUUAAGUGUCCUACCUGGUUACAGUAGAACCUGGUUAUUAAGGGCCCCGGUGCCUGAGGGAGAGUACGCCUGCUAUGUACAUCCACAAUCAAACAAGAUUCCCAAGACAGAAAACAGCAACGUGAUAGGCAUCUACGUUUAUGAUCCUCCUCCUCCAGGAGCAAUCGCUGCUGGGGUCAUCACCACAGUUCUAGGUGUGAUAAUCCUCGUACUGCUCUGUGUUUUUGGUGGAUGUUAAUAAAAUGUACAUUUCAGUGACCCAGGAUCAUCACAGAGAAGAGCAAUACCACAGCUACACCAAAUGGGGCGCUGGAGAACACAGCAGCAAACUUCUUCAAGGGUCAUGCAGGACUUCAUGCUUAUCAGUGUGAUUACGUUUAUAAAUCUGUAUCUAAAGCUAAAGAUGAUACUGCAAUCAGAAGGAAAGGUUUCCUUAUAACAACCUUUAAUGAAAAGUAACUUGUAUUAAUCACUGUUAAUUAAUUAACAUUAAUUAAACCUCAUUUACCCUCAAACUAAUCACAAAUUGUGUAUAUUUUCAAAUAUAGCCUUAUGAUAUUUUUCUUAUCUACAGAUAUUUUUAAAAAAUUCUUUUUUUUUCUCCUGUUACUUGAACACAGACACCCCUAGAAGAGAGAUACUGUAUACUGCAUUGGAAAUAAUUUAAGUUUGUUUAACAGGAAUUUGUAAAUAAUUCCUGUCCUUCUACUAAUACCGCCACUAAUGCCAUUAGCAUGAAUGCUAGGCGCUAGUACUUUUCUAUGCAAAACAUAAUAAUAAAAUCUUUAUAUUCCAAUAAAACUAUAUGAACUAUAUACAGAUAUAUAAGAUAUGUAAUGUAUUUAUAUUAAUGCUCAGUAAAUACUCCUAAGUAAUAAGUACCAAUCAAAGCGAGUUAAUAUAAUGGUGUUUUAUUAUUAUUAUUAUUAUUUUUAUUAUUAUUAUUAAUAAUUUUAAUUAAUGAUGAAUUUUUUUUUUAUUUUUAUUGUAUUUUAGGUUUGCUCAAUGAUUUUCUUUUUUUUAUUAUUUUAUGAUUUUUCUUUAAGCAUUUUGUUUCAUUUGUAUAUUUUUUUAUUGUUUUAAAUAUCAAUUAACUUUAAAUUAAAAGAAUAAGAUCAUGUAACAAAAUGUCAGUGCUAUCUUUCUUUUACUUUAAAUCCUACAGUUUUUAGUGUUAUAUAUUUAAAAUUCCAUCAAAUUUAAAACCUUUCCAUCAUUACAUUUCAUGACCUGUAAUUUCUUUCUUUGCCUGGUUGUAGCAUGCAGUACACUGAUCACAGGAAUGAAAAGUCUCACACAGUAACUAUAGUUCUCAGAUUUAUUGAGUUCAGGUUUUGAUGAUGUCACAAGCUCAUUUCACACACAAUAAACCUGGUCCUAUCGUC